AUGGACGAUUCGGGCCUUGAAGUGGAGGGGGAUGAAGACUGGCGUUAUGGGCCUCUUGGGCGGGCUGGUGCGCGGGGUUCGGGCAGUGAAGCACAAGCUGCCGCUGCAAGUCCCAGCUUUGAUGAAGAGGAUGAAGACUGGCGGUAUGGGCCUUUGGGUAGAGCCGGCGCGCUGAAAGACGAGGAGGAGCUUGAGGAUCCCGAGGAUCCCAUCCCUCUGACCAAGGGCUCAGCUGCGGAGGAGCGCACGUCGCGAUCUGCAGAGCCGCUGCGGCAAGAGGAGGUACAGCCUCGCACCAUCUGGGCCUAUUGGGCGCAAGGUCACGAGCAGAUGCCGGCAUUUUUCCGAAUGUGCGUUGACACAUGGCAGCGUGUCAACCCACAUUGGGAUGUACGUAUUCUGCAGAAGUCAACAGUAAUGGAGUAUUUGACCGAAGAUGAGCUGCCCAAUCGUUUCAUGGACAUGACGUCCCACCAGACAGCCUCCGAUGCGGUGCGGCUUGGAAUCCUUUGCCGCUAUGGUGGGAUUUGGAUGGAUGUAAAUAUCUUGGUUUGCGGCAGCCUGGACAAGCUGUGCUGGAAUGCCAUCUCCUGGGGGCAGCGACCGGCAUGCGUCUUUUACCACCCCUCCUACGGGACCGAUGCACUCGGAGGCAAAGAUUUUGUCGAGAGUUGGUUUCUCGCGACGGCGCCGGGCAAUCCCUUUUUCAUCCGCUGGCGGGAUAUCUUCAAGGAGUUGUUUCACGACCGCCUGGACAUUGAAGGGCUUCUGGGCCAUCGGUUCUACCAGGGCCUGGACCUGUCCGGCUUCGAGAAGCUGAACAACGACUUCAGUGGGUCAGGAAUGGAAUUUCGAGAAUACCUCGCUAUCCAUGCUAUGUGCCACCGAUUGCUGGAGACCGAGCCCGAGGCACGACGACUUUGGCGCGAUCAGUUCAUACAGGUCAACGCCGCGGAUACAGCCUUCAGACUGCAGAUGGUGGCUCAGGCCAGCAACCUACACAUGGCGCAGGUCCUCCUGCUAGAAGAUGGGCGCGCUGGCCAGCUCAUCGAAGGAGUCCCGUUGAUCAAGUUUCGUACGCCAGACUAUGGGCCCUUGCUGCAGCUGUCAGCGGCGCAGCUCAAGGACAAGAAGCACUUGCUGGGGCGCUUGCUGGAUCCCCCGGAUGCUGCGGAGGCCAUGCGCCGGCCGGCAACCACCCGGGCAGCAUUCAGCUCAGUGCCACGUUUGGGCGGCCGGCGCCACUUGGUGACUGCAAGCCUGGCGGCUGUGAUGUGCAGGGGAAUGGCAGUCUUUCCGAUGUCCCCUGGACAGUUCGCAGGCUCUCCAGUUCGACGGCACGCGCCUGAAAGUCCGCUGCCGCUGCCAAGGCUGUUGGUUCCUGCGUGUGGGAGACGUUGA